AUGCACAUUUCUGGCAUGAAAGGGCAGUUCUGGCAUGUAUCUGACCUACAUUUAGAUCCGACUUACCACAUUACCCCUGAUCGCACCAAAGUUUGUUCUUCUUCCAAAGGAGCCAAUGCCUCCAACCCAGGCCCUUUUGGAGACUUUUUGUGUGAUUCUCCAUAUCAGCUUAUUUUGUCAGCAUUUGCAUUCAUGAAGGAUUCAAAACAGCAGGUUUCGUUCAUGAUUUGGACGGGAGAUAGCCCUCCUCAUGUUCCUGUAAAAGAACUCUCCACAAAGUUGGUCAUUAGCAUCAUUGGCAAUAUGAGUUCUACAAUUCGUAGUUUCUUUCCAGAUCUUCAGGUUUUCCCAGCCUUGGGCAAUCAUGACUACUGGCCACAGGAUCAGCUUCCUGUAACUACCAGUGAAGUUUACAAUGCUGUAGCAGAUUUCUGGAAACCCUGGCUAACUGAUGAAGCAAUCAAUACCUUUAGAAAAGGUGGCUUCUACACACAGCUGUUUGAGUCCAGUGAUAGCUCUCAACCACUCAGGAUAAUCAGUCUGAACACAAAUUUAUAUUACAGCCCCAACAGUGUAACUGUGAAUAUCACUGACCCAGCCAACCAGUUUGCCUGGCUGGAGGGAAUACUAGAAACCUCUUCACAAAAGAAGGAAAAGGUAUAUAUAAUAGGACAUGUACCAAUAGGAUACUUGCCAUAUGCAAAGAAUACUACUGCUAUCAGGGAGUAUUACAAUGAGAGACUGGUAAAGAUUUUUCGCAGAUACAGUAGUGUUAUUGCGGGGCAGUUUUUUGGACAUACGCAUAGAGAUAGUAUCAUGGUCCUCCUGGAUGAAGAAGAAAAACCAGUAAAUUCCUUGUUUGUGGCACCCGCUGUAACCCCAGUGAAGAAUGUCUGGCAAAUGGAAUCCAAUAACCCUGGUGUCAGAUUGUAUCAAUAUGAUCUUCUUGAUUAUAGCUUGCUGGAUCUUUGGCAGUUUUACUUGGACCUCAGAGAUGCCAACAAGAAAAAUGAAUCGAACUGGAAAUUAGAAUACAUCUUUACUAAAGCUUACGGCAUUGAAGACUUGAAACCAGAAAGCCUAUAUGAAGUGGCCAAGCAGUUGUCUGUGCCACACAGUACACUGUUUGAGCAGUAUUACAGUAACUUCAUUGUGAGUUAUGAUAAAACCAUUGUCUGUGAAGAGGGGUGCAAGACCUGCCAAAUAUGCGCAAUCCAAUAUUUGGAUUACUCCUCAUACACAGAUUGUGUCAAUCGGGAAGCAACGUGGAGAUGAAGUCUGUGCAAUUUAUGCUGUUACUGACUUUAGUGUGUGAUUUAAAGAACCUGCUCAUCCUUUCGCUCAAGCACGGAUGGAGCCUUACUGGAAGCCUAUGGGACUUCUCUGAAUUUCAGGGGAGCAAUCAAUCUCCCUAGGUCUUUCUUCUUGUAAGCAUAUUUUCCUUACACAUCUAAAUAAAAGUUUAUUGGCUAUGUAAUAAUGGCCAGAUACUUUGCUGUUGUUUCAAGUGUCCUGUACCCUCUGUAACAGGCAUCCAAGUAUGUGGUAUUAGAA